AUGCACACCAUCCAGAUUCACAACAAAUCCAACCACGACCAGAUCUUUGAGGUCCACGGAUGGAAUAAUAACAAGAAUAUAACCGUGAAGCCUGGUCAAACCUCAAAAAUCCCAGCUCCGGAUGGUAGCUCUGGAGCAGUUAUUGCUCUCCAUGACGGCCAUGAAGGUGAGCAAGUUGAAAUUACAAAGAAUGGCUACGGUGGAAAUGAUUUUCUUGAUGUCAGUAACAUUGUCGGAGCUGGUGGCAAUAUCACAGCUAUGCAGGUUGGGGACAAGACAACUCUGAAAGGAGACGCCAAUUUCAUGCAACAUAUGAAUACCGCCUGGAAGAAGGCAUCCAAAGACACCCGAGACAGGCUCAAGGGCCAUGUGUUUACUGACAGGGAGGGAAACGUUAAACGCAUUGGGCCUAUCAAAGAUUGCCCCGAACUCGAGAAGCUCGUUCGCACUUUCGCUGACGGCAAAACCUAUAUUGGAGUUGGUGCCUGGAACGGUAGCCCAGGAAAUGCCAACGAUAACGCCCAAAGCUCUGCCGCACAUGGGAACAAGGAUAUUUUGAUCACGUAUAGCGACGGAGACGCAUCUCCAGACCAUCCAGAGCAGCACAAGGAGAACCGUGCUGCGGGUGUCCAAGCCGCGAACGUGCAUCCUGCAACGGUAGCAAAUGUAGCGGCAACCCAGUCUCACAAACCGGGCAUCGUCCUCACCAACAAAUCCAACAAAGAAUGCACCUAUUUCUUCUACGACAACUACUGGAAUGGAAACGGUACCGCCGGAGCCAAUUUCGACAAGCCUCUCAAAAACGUCAAACUAGCAGCUGGAGCUCAGACCCAUGUUCCAUUGCCCACAUCAUUCAAGGGCCGUGUGCAGCGUGGUAAAGACCUCCCUGCCACCUGGGUGGAGUUCCAGAUAAGCGCGUCUAACGAUCACGCUGCACAUGGCGACAUCUCGCUUGAGCAAGGCUGUGAUGGUGCCGCAACCAUUGCUUCGACUGAUGGCAGCAAUCGCAAGAAUGGAUUCACACAUGAUGUCGUGAAGGAUGCACCUGCAGCCGCCUGCUCCAAGAAGCCCGAUGGCUCGAGAGCGCUUUCGACGACGAUGGGAAAUUGGAUGUCUGGGCCAAAUAAGGCCGCGAUCGAGUAUCUCAAUAAAGUUGUUGGGCAGAAGAAAGCAUAUAUUGUAGGGGGCAGUGGGACAGAUGACGUUGCGAGCAAGAACAACUGCCUUGCAGUUGAUAUGUACUGA